AUGGCUACCACAAAGUCAGACUCAACCUCGCCCACGCCUCAAUUCCCGCCCACGACACCGGGAUACAGUUUUCCUACCGACAAACUUCGGACUCGCCAGACGCAAAAUGACAGGACCCCUUUGGUGCUGGUGGCCUGCGGGUCGUUCUCGCCCAUCACAUACUUACACUUGAGGAUGUUUGAAAUGGCUCGAGACCACUGCAGCUUAAACACAAACUUCGAGGUUGUCGGUGGCUAUAUCAGCCCCGUGUCGGAUGCAUACAAAAAGGCUGGCCUCGCUCCGGCACACCACAGGAUAAACAUGUGCAAGCUGUCACUAGCAUCAAGCUCAUGGAUAAUGGUCGACGAGUUCGAGACCUCCGUCCGGGAUCCAACAACAGGCGAGCCCGCCUAUACUCCGACAGCUCAGGUUCUUGCAAAGUUGGACUACGAGAUCAACACCGUUUUGGGUGGCAUUCAGUCAGCAGACGACCCGAACAAAAGGACACGCGCACGUAUCUGUUUGCUCGCCGGUGGUGACCUUGUGCUCACUAUGUCAACACCCGGCCUCUGGGCACCCAGCGAUCUCGACGUCAUUCUCGGUCCCAAGUUUGGUGCCUUUAUUGUAGAGCGCUCGGGUACCGACACUGAAGAGGCACUUGCGAGUCUCCAGCGGUACAGGGAAAACAUCUGGGUAAUCCCACAAGUCAUCCAAAACGAUGUCAGCUCCACCAAGAUCCGCCUGUUCCUUAAGAAGAACCUUAGCAUCCGGUACUUGAUCCCAGACCCUGUUGUCAGGUACAUAGAGGAGCAUGGCCUGUUCAACGGCGAGUUUUCCGGCGCCAGCAGCUCCAAGGACGCAGAGCCGAGUCCAUCUACCGCUUAG